AACUUUGGAAAGAAGAUAACGCAAAUUGUACAAUUCCUCAAGACUCCACCCAAAAAGCGAGACAGCGAAUUAGUGCAGGAGACCCGAGUCGAUAAAAAUGAGUCAACACACACGCCCCCACCAGUCGAGCGCCGCCGCUCCCCUAUCCAACGCUUCUCUCUCCCCGGACAAGGACGCAGACAUGCCCGCUACAGAGAAAGAUCUCGCCGAGGACGCGCCAUGGAAGAAGAUCCAGCAAAACACAUUCACGCGUUGGUGCAACGAGCACCUGAAAUGUGUCAAUAAGCGCUUAGCGAACCUGCAGACGGACCUGAGCGAUGGGCUCCGGCUGAUCGCGCUUCUGGAGGUGCUCAGCCAGAAGAAGAUGUUCCGCAAGUUCAACCAGCGCCCCACGUUCAGACAGAUGCAGCUGGAGAACGUCUCUGUGGCUCUGGAGUUCCUCGACAGGGAAAAUAUCAAGCUGGUGUCUAUAGACAGUAAGGCCAUAGUGGAUGGGAACCUGAAGCUGAUCCUGGGUCUGAUAUGGACUCUGAUUCUCCAUUAUUCCAUCUCCAUGCCCAUGUGGGACGAGGAGGAGGAGACCGAAGAAAGCAAGCAGAAGACACCCAAACAGAGGCUGCUCGGAUGGAUCCAGAACAAGCUGCCCGAGCUGCCCAUCACCAACUUCAGCCGGGACUGGCAGUCAGGGAAAGCCCUUGGCGCUUUGGUGGACAGUUGUGCCCCAGGUCUUUGUCCAGACUGGGAUUCCUGGGACCAGACCAAGCCUGUGGACAAUGCCAGGGAGGCCAUGCAGCAAGCUGAUGACUGGCUUGGUGUUCCUCAGGUGAUCACUCCAGAAGAAAUCGUUGAUCCCAAUGUGGACGAGCACUCUGUUAUGACUUACCUGUCCCAGUUCCCCAAAGCCAAACUCAAGCCUGGUGCCCCCCUGCGGCCCAAACUCAACCCCAAAAAGGCCCGUGCCUAUGGACCAGGUAUUGAGCCCACAGGUAAUGUUGUGAUGAAGAAGGCAGUGUUCACUGUUGAGACCAUCAGUGCUGGUCAGGGCGAGGUUCUGGUUUACGUGGAGGAUCCAGCUGGCCACCGUGAGGAGGCCAAAGUUACAGCCAACAAUGACAAGAACCGCACCUACUCUGUAUUCUAUGUACCAAAAGUCACUGGACAACACAAGGUGACGGUGCUGUUUGCAGGGCAACACAUCUCCAAGAGCCCAUUUGAGGUGGAUGUGGGAAUGGCUCAGGGAGACUCCAGCAAGGUCACUGCCCAGGGCCCAGGACUUGAGCCUGCUGGCAACAUUGCCAACAAGACCACAUACUUUGAUGUCUACACAGCUGGUGCUGGAGUAGGAGAGGUCGAAGUGGUCGUUAUGGACCCCAGUGGAAAGAAGGGCACUGUUGAAUGCAGUGUUGAGGAUAAGGGCAACAGCAGCUACCGAUGCACUUACAAGCCCACUCAGGAGGGCCAGCACAUCAUCUAUAUCACCUUUGCUGGGGGGCAGAUCUCCAAAAGCCCUUACACUGUCCAUGUGGGAGAGGCCUGUAAUCCAAGCCUGUGUAGAGCCAAGGGCCGUGGUCUGCAGCCUAAAGGCUUGAGAAUCAAGGAGACUGCAGAGUUCAAGGUUUACACCAAAGGAGCUGGCACUGGAGACCUCAAAGUCACCAUCAAAGGGCCCAAGGGUCUUGAGGAGCCCUGUAAGAAGAAGGAACUGGGAGAUGGGGUGUACAGCUUUGAGUAUUACCCUACCACAGCUGGGAAUUACAUCAUCACGAUCACAUGGGGUGGACAACACAUCCCACGCAGUCCGUUUGAGUUAAAGAUUGGAUCUGAAGCAGGACCGCAGCAGGUCAGGGCAUGGGGUCCAGGACUGGAGAGUGGUGUGGUAGGCAAGUCAGCUGACUUUGUGGUGGAAGCUGUCGGGGGUGACGGGGGUACUUUGGGGUUCUCAGUGGAGGGCCCAUCCCCGGCUAAGAUCGAAUGUGACGAUAAGGGAGAUGGCUCCUGUGAUGUGAGGUACUGGCCCACAGAACCGGGUGAGUAUGCAGUUCAUGUGCUCUGUAAGAAUGAGGACAUCCAGCUCAGCCCUUUCAUGGCUGAAGUCGUACCUGCUCCAGGAAAAGACUUCUACCCUGACAAGGUGAAGGCUUAUGGUCCAGGUCUGGAGAGCGCUGGCCUUUCAGUCGGCAAACCAGCAGAGUUCACUGUGGAUGCCAAACUAGGUGGCAAAGCUCCUAUAAAGAUUCUAGCUCAGGACCGUGAUGGAAACCCAGUGGAUGUGCAGGUGAAGGACAACGGUAACAGAACAUACAGCUGCAGCUACACCCCUCGCAAACCACUCAAACACACUAUGAUGGUGUCCUGGGGUGGAGUCAACAUCCCAGAGAGCCCAUUCAGGAUGAACAUUGGGGCAGGGUGCCAUCCCAAUAAGGUGAAAGUAUCAGGACCUGGAGUGGCCAAGACUGGCCUGAAGGCAUUUGAACCAACAUACUUCACUGUGGAUUGUGCCGAGGCGGGACAGGGUGACAUCAGCAUAGGCAUAAAAUGCGCUCCAGGUGUUGUGGGACCUGCUGAGGCUGACAUCGAUUUCGACAUCAUUAGAAAUGACAAUGACACAUUCACCGUCAAAUACACCCCCCCUGGAGCAGGCAGCUACACAAUCAUGGUGCUGUUUGCUGAGCAGGCCAUUCCCCUGACGCCCAUCAGAAUCAAGGUUGAUCCCUCUCAUGAUGCCAGCAAGGUUAAAGCAGAAGGCCCUGGACUCAACCGUACUGGUGUGGAGCUGAACAAACCCACUCACUUCACUGUGAACACCAAGGCCGCAGGCAAAGCUAGGCUUGACGCUCAGUUUACUGGACCCACCAAGGGAGAGGCGUUCCGUGACUUUGAAAUCAUCAACAAUCAUGACGGCACCCACACUGUUAAAUACACCCCUGUUCAACAGGGCAAUAUGGGUUUGAAUGUCACAUAUGGUGGUGAUCCCAUUCCCAAGAGCCCGUUUGCUGUAGCAGUCGCCCCAUCCCUGGAUCUCAAUAAAGUUAAAGUGGCUGGUAUUGGAGAUACAAUGACCGUCGGCAAGGAUCAGGAGAUCACAGUCAAGUCCAAAGGAGCAGGUGGCCAGGGCAAGGUUGGCGCCAAGGUCACAGGUCCAUCUGGCAAAUCGGUGCCUUGUAAAGUUGAACCAGGCCUGAGCCCAGAAACCAGUCACGUCCGUUUUAUCCCCAGAGAUAAGGGACCCUAUGAGGUUGAACUGACAUUUGAUGGCGCCCCCAUCCCCGGCAGUCCGUUUCCCGUGGAAGCCAUUGCACCUACUGACCCAUCUAAGGUAAGGCAGUUUAGAAACCUAGGAAUUAAUAUUAUUGGCAGUUUAACAAGGCGACAACAAGGCGUCAGGAAAAGCUCUUUGUGGGGUGUUUAUUCUAUAAACUGUAAUUUGCUUAAUGUUGCACGACUUCUCAGUGAGUGGUUUUGGCGUCGAAGUCCCAUAUUUGCUUUAGCAGUGGAACAAAUAUACCCUUUCAUUCAUAUCCCCUCUUCUCAUGUAUAGGUGCGAUGUUCUGGGCCAGGUCUGGAGCGAGCUAAGGUUGGCGAGCCAGGACAGUUUGUGGUCGAUUGCACUAAUGCUGGUCCUGCUGAGCUGACUAUUGAGAUCAUCUCAGACAAUGGCACCGAGGCUGAAGUCCAUAUUCAGGACAAUGGGGAUGGAACCUACACCAUCACUUACAUCCCUCUGUACCCUGGAGCUUAUACUCUCACCAUCCGCUAUGGUGAUCAGGAUGUGCCAAACUUCCCAGCCAGACUCAACGUGGAGCCUGCUGUGGAAACCGGUGGAGUGAAAGUGUUCGGACCUGGAGUGGAAGGCAAAGGUGUUUUCCGGGAGGCCACUACUGAUUUCACUGUGGAUGCUCGUCCUCUCACCAAAACGGGUGGCAAUCAUAUCAAGACUUGUAUCAAUAACCCAUCAGGCAACCGCACAGAAGCUCUGAUUAGAGACCUGGGAGAUGGCACCUACCAAGUGGAGUACACGCCCUAUGAGGAGGGCACACACAGUGUUGAGGUUACAUACGAUAAUGCCCCAGUUCCCAAGAGCCCGUUCCGUGUGCCAGUGACCGAGGGUUGUGACCCAGCACGUGUGCGUGUACAUGGUCCAGGACUUCAGUCUGGCAUCACUAACAAACCCAACAAGUUUACAGUGGAGACCCGUGGGGCCGGUACAGGUGGCCUGGGGCUGGCUAUGGAGGGACCCUCUGAGGCCAAAAUGUCCUGCACUGAUAACAAAGAUGGCAGCUGUUGUGUUGAAUACAUCCCAUAUGAGCCAGGCACAUACAACCUCAAUGUUACCUAUGGAGGCCAACCAAUCACUGGUCAGCAUUUUUACAUUGAUGUCCACGAUACUGUUGAUGCAACUAAAGUGAAAUGCCAGGGUCAGGGGCUUGGGAACAAUGUGCGUGCCAAUAUCCCACAGGUCUUUUCUGUGGAUACAAGCAAGGCUGGAGUGGCUCCCUUGCAGGUCAGAGUGCAGGGACCCAAAGGUGUCGUGGAGCCUGUUGAGGUGGUGGAUAAUGGUGACCAGACUCACACUGUCAGCUAUGUACCCACCAGAGAGGGGCCGUAUUCUAUUAAUGUCCUGUAUGCUGAUGAAGAGAUCCCACACAGUCCUUAUAAGGUGAAGGUUCUGCCCACUCAUGAUGCUAGUAAAGUCCGUGCCAGUGGCCCUGGUCUGAAUACCACCGGUGUGCCUGCCAGUCUGCCUGUGGAGUUCACUAUUGAUGCCAAAGAUGCAGGAGAGGGACUCUUGGCGGUCCAGAUCACUGACCCUGACGGGAAGCCAAAGAAGGCUAACAUUCGUGAUAAUCAGGAUGGGACGUAUCUUGUGUCCUAUGUGCCUGACAUGACUGGCCGCUACACUAUUCUCAUCAAAUACGGUGGUGAUGAGAUCCCAUACUCUCCAUAUCGUAUCAGAGCCCUGCCAAUGGGAGAUGCCAGCAAAUGCACAGUCACAGUCUCAAUCGGAGGUCACGGUUUGGGUGCUGGAGUUGGUCCAACUAUUCAGAUCGGAGAGCAGACGGUCAUCACUGUGGAUGCAAAGGCAGCUGGGAAGGGCAAGGUGACGUGCACGGUGUGCACUCCGGAUGGAGGCGAGGUGGAUGUGGACGUAGUUGAAAAUGAGGAUGGAACAUUUGACAUCUUCUACACAGCACCCCAGCCUGGCAAAUAUGUCAUCUGUGUGCGCUUCGGCGGAGAACACAUCCCCAACAGCCCCUUCCAAGUCACGGCUUUGGAAGGUGACUCUCCUGACCAACUAAUGCAGCAGACCCAGAACCUGCAGUACGCCUACGCGCCCAACAUGGGCCAGCCAUGGGCUACAGACGGGCAGUUGGGCAUGAACGGACUGGAUGUAGCUGGUCUGAGACCCUUCGACUUGGUCAUUCCUUUCACCAUCCAGAAAGGAGAAAUUACAGGUGAUGUGAGAAUGCCUUCUGGAAAAGUGGCCAAGCCUGAUAUUACCGAUAACAAGGACAGCACAGUCACUGUGAAAUACGCCCCAACUGAGGCUGGCCUGCAUGAGAUGGACAUUAAAUACGACGGAAUACACAUCCCAGGAAGUCCACUGCAGUUCUAUGUGGAUUAUGUCAACAGUGGUCAUGUGACUGCCUAUGGUCCUGGUCUAAUUCAUGGCAUGGUUAAUAAACCUGCAGUCUUCGCUGUCAACACCAAGGAUGCUGGAGAGGGUGGUCUGUCUCUGGCCAUCGAGGGUCCGUCAAAGGCAGAUAUCAGCUGCACUGAUAAUCAGGACGGUACCUGUACGGUCUCUUACCUCCCUGUUCUUCCUGGAGACUACAACAUCAUUGUCAAGUACAACGACAAGCACAUUCCCGGCAGCCCUUUCAUGGCCAAGAUCACAGGCGAUGACUCGAUGCGCAUGUCUCAUCUGAAGGUGGGCUCAUCGGCUGACAUCCCUCUAGACAUCGGCGAGCUGGACCUCAGCCAGCUGACCGCAUCUCUUACCACCCCCUCUGGCCGGGAGGAGCCGUGUCUGCUCAAGAUGCUCAGGAAUGGGCAUGUGGGUAUUUCCUUUGUGCCCAAGGAAAUUGGAGAGCAUCUGGUUAACAUUAAGAAAAAUGGACGUCAUAUUCCUAAUAGCCCCAUCUCAGUCAUGAUCAACCAAUCUGAGCUCGGUGAUGCCAGCCGCGUGCGUGUAACUGGUCAAGGCCUGAGUGAAGCCCGCACCUUUGAGCCUGCAGAAUUUGUCAUUGACACCAGAGAUGCAGGAUAUGGAGGACUCAGCUUGUCUAUUGAGGGACCCAGUAAAGCAGAUAUAAACACUGAAGAUCAGGAAGAUGGCACCUGCAAAGUCACUUAUUACCCCACAGAACCAGGAAAUUACAUUAUUAACAUCAAAUUUUCAGACCAACAUGUUCCAGGAAGUGCUUUUACCGUCAAAGUGACAGGAGAGGGUCGGAUGAAGGAGAGCAUCACCCGCAGAAGAAGAGCUGCCUCUGUGGCCAAUGUUGGCAGCCAGUGCGACCUCAGCCUGAAGAUCCCUGAGAUCAGCAUCGCAGACAUGACCGCUCAGGUGACCAGCCCAUCUGGCAAAGUACACAAGGCUGAGAUCAUGGAGGGAGAAAACAACACGUACUGCAUUCGCUUCGUGCCCACGGAGAUGGGUGUGCACACGGUCAGUGUGAAGUAUCAAGGUCAGCAUGUCCCCGGAUCCCCCUUCCAAUUCACUGUGGGUCCUCUUGGAGAGGGAGGCGCCCAUAAGGUCCGUGCAGGAGGCCCAGGAUUAGAGAGAGCAGAGGCGGGUGUACCAGCUGAGUUCAGCAUUUGGACCCGUGAAGCAGGAGCUGGUGGUCUGUCCAUUGCGGUCGAGGGACCCAGCAAGGCAGAGAUUGCAUUUGAAGACCGCAAGGAUGGAUCCAGUGGUGUCUCCUACAUUGUCCAGGAGCCUGGCGAUUAUGAAGUAUCCAUCAGAUUCAAUGAUGAGCACAUCCCUGACAGUCCAUUUGUGGUGCCUGUGGCCUCACCAUCUGAUGACGCCCGCCGUCUCACUGUUGCCAGUCUUCAGGAGUCCGGAUUAAAGGUGAACCAGCCGGCCUCUUUUGCUGUGAGCCUAAAUGGGGCGAAGGGAGUCAUCGAUGCCAAAGUUCACAGCCCAUCCGGAGCACUUGAAGAGUGCUGUGUUACAGAGAUCGAUGAAGAUAAGUAUGCUGUGAGAUUCAUCCCCAGGGAGAAUGGCCUGUACCUGAUAGAUGUGAAAUUCAAUGGUUCUCACAUCCCUGGAAGCCCCUUCAAGAUCCGUGUUGGUGAAACUGGCCAGGCUGGAGACCCAGGAAUGGUGUCUGCUUAUGGAGCUGGUCUGGAAGGAGGCACCACUGGAUCUCCAUGUGAGUUCAUUGUGAACACAAGUUCAGCUGGCCCAGGAGCUUUGGCAGUGACCAUCGAUGGGCCUUCCAAGGUGAAGAUGGACUGUCAGGAAUGCCCAGAGGGCUACAAGGUCACCUACACACCUAUGGCACCUGGAAACUACCUAAUUUCUAUCAAAUACGGUGGACCAUACCAUAUUGUUGGCAGCCCAUUCAAAGCUAAAAUUACAGGCUCCCGAUUGGUCAAUAGCCACAGCAUGCACGAGACUUCAUCCGUACUAGUUGACCCUGUGACCCGCAGUGUGACGACCAGCCAGCAGGCAGCGCCGGGCUGGGGCAGCUCCGACGCCAGCCGUGUAGUUGCCAAGGGUCUUGGACUCAACAAGGGCUUCAUAGGACAGAAGAACACUUUCAGUGUGGACUGUAGUAAAGCAGGGAGGAACAUGCUCCUGGUUGGAGUGGACGGACCCAAAGUGCCCUGCGAGGAGAUCUUGGUGAAACACUUGGGUAACCGUCUGUAUAAUGUGUCCUACCAGCUGAAGGAGAAAGGAGAGUACAUCCUGGUGGUGAAAUGGGGCGACGAGCACAUCCCCGGGAGCCCGUAUCACAUCACUGUCUAACUGCCCUCCACCAAAACCUCCAGCAUCAAAUACAGGAACACUGAAAACUCUCUUGUCCUUCUUCCUUUGUAUGAUCCUCUCAUCCUGUAUCUUCCUGCACCACUAUUCAGCUUUCAAGCAAGAGAGGGAUUUCAAAGAAGCAUUUUGUCACUGUAUGCCAGUCAUUUUUGGAUCCUGUUACAUUUGCUGCGUUCAGUAAUCCUUUAAAUCAGAGGGUCCUGGUGGCUUUUGCUCCGUGUUUGGUUUGUUGCUGAUCUAGUCUCUAACACAGAGUAGCUGCUAGUAUGUUUUGCCUGGUUUAGGAGACUGAUGUUCCAGUCAUAACUGUACAGAGUAACCAUUGCUAGUAGCGGGAGAAAUACAGAUGUGAUUCAGCCGCUUGUUUAACACAAAUUUUUCAUUAUACUUACCAUUGGGUGAAGAGGCACUUAAACAUAGACUGUCACGUAGACUGAAUUAACACUGGUGCCGAAGCUCUGUGGGUCUGACCUUCUGUCUUGAGCGUUUUGAAUAUUUUUCAGUCUGCAGAGCUGCAUGUUGCUUCCGUUUGACCAUGAAGACAUUUUUGAAAAUGUCAUUUGGGUGCCAUUUAAAACCAGGAUUGUGUGCCAAGUGAUUUAGCAAUCAAAGGGAAGUUACAUGGCAGAAUAAAGAUGAGGCUGAAGGUGUAACAAAAGGGAGAUUUUUGAUGCAUACUGCUUGAGUUUAUUGUUGGUUAUGUAAAACACACUUGGAAGUUGUAACAACUGGCAAAACGUCACUUAUUUGCGCUCACUUUGUUAGCUCUUUAGCCCUUUGUGCUCCAAUGUCAAUGUAUAAUCAGUAUUCCAGAAUUUAAAAAAAUUAAUUAGUUGUCUAAAAAAAAAAUUAAAGUUGACAUUUUGACAAAGUAUUUUGAUACACAAUAAAGAUGUCUUAACUAUUUUUCUGUCAA